UCACACAUGCGAAGUUUGUGAGAUCUAAAAAAUAAAGUUUCUGAAACGAUCGAAACGUCAAGGUCGUUAAGCCGUCAAUAAAAGCCUUCUGCUUUUAAAAGGGUUAUUUUUGUUAAAAAAUACUCGAUAACAAUGCAAAGUGUGAUAAAUUCCGUAAAGGGCACUGCACUCAGUGUUGCCGAAUACCUGACUCCAGUUUUAAAGGAGAGUAAAUUUAAAGAAACUGGUGUCCUUACGCCAGAAGAAUUUGUUGCUGCUGGUGAGCACCUUGUACAUCAUUGUCCAACCUGGCAGUGGGCAGUUGGUGAUGUAGAUAGAACUAAACCAUAUUUACCAAAAGACAAACAGUUCUUGCUGACACGUAAUGUCCCCUGUUCCCGCAGAUGUAAACAGAUCGAAUACUGUGAUGAUCAAGAACAAAUUAUUGAAGCAGAUGAUCCAGAAGGUGGUUGGGUUGAUACUCAUCACUAUGAUGUCAGUGCUGGAGGUGUUGAAGAAAAGAUUUCUGAAAUGACAUUAGAAGAAGCACAACCGUCAUUCCCUACAAACACUGAAGGAGAUGUUGAAGAUGAUGAGGAUGACGAAGAAGCAGCAGAUAUGGAAGCCUUUGAAGUUAGUGGAAUGCUUGAUGAGGAAGACAAGGUAAUUUCAACAGAUGCAUCAAAAAAACAAACCAAAGAUAAGACAGAAUCUUCAUUCUCGGGAGGUGAAAUAGUAAGAACACGCACUUAUGACUUACAUAUUACCUACGACAAAUAUUACCAAACGCCAAGACUGUGGCUCUUUGGAUAUGAUGAAAAUCGGAAACCUUUAACGGUUGAAGAAAUGUAUGAAGAUGUUAGUCAGGACCAUGCAAAAAAAACUGUCACAAUGGAGACUCAUCCACAUAUACCUGGACCCCCAAUGGCGUCGGUACAUCCAUGCAGACACGCAGAAGUGAUGAAAAAAAUUAUAGAAACUGUAAUGGAAGGAGGUAGGGAAUUGGGAGUUCACAUGUAUCUCAUUAUAUUUUUAAAGUUCGUACAGUCUGUUAUACCAACAAUUGAAUAUGAUUUUACUCAAAAUGUAACCCUGAACAAUUCAAGCUAAGUUUGAGAUUUUCCUUUUGUAAGUGACGCAAAUUAAUUUUAUGAUUAUUGUAAAUAUUUUGUCAAUUUUGCAGUAACCUGAUUGUGUUAGAGUUUAUGCUUACUUUCCAAAUAAUCAUGCAUCAAAAUGUUCUAAGCAUCAAAUAGUAUGCAUAGAAAAAUUGAUGGGAAAAUUCUAUACACACUUAUUGGCUGAUGUAUUUCAAUUGUCAUAAAAGUAUUUAGCAGACGUUGAGAAUGAGAUGUGGAGGAAAUGAGGAUAUUUUAUAAUAAGCCAUACUUGUGAAUCGCCUAAUUUUUUAUAUACUAUCUCUCAAUAUAAGUAUCAUAAUUUGUAGGCAGAAGUGUAGGCAGGUUAUGAAGGUUUGCCAUGAAAUCAUUUUCACAUAUUUAUUUUAUCCAACGCCUCAUAAUAAAUUGACUUUUAACAAUACUUAUUUGAACUUAUUCUGUGGUAAAAAUUUUAAUUUAUUAAAAUUAAUUAAUUAUUAUUAAUUUCUAAUUUAUUACGUUGCCAUUUAAAAG